AUGAAGUUUAGAAUUAAACAUAUACCUGCUAUUACGUCCACUACUUUAGCGAUAUUGAUCAUAAUAACGACAUCUCUAGCUUUCCACUAUGAACACAUAUCGGCAUAUGUUCCUUAUAUUAGUGACACUGGAACCAUUGCUCCUGAAAGUUGUAUAUUUGGUCAAUUCCUAAAUAUAAUUUGGGUGAUACUUUCAUUUGCAAUGUACUGCAAGUUCAGACAAGUGACAGAUAUUUUAAAUAAACACAACAUGACUCAUAAAGAAGCAUUAAAUAAAUAUACUUUCAUUAUGGGUUUAAUAGCCGGAUUUGGUAUCAGUGUUGUUGCUAAUUUUCAAGAAACUAAUUGUUUUAUAGUACACUGGAUUGGAGCAGUAAUGUGCUUUGGGUUCGGAUCUAUAUAUCUAUGCAUGCAGACUAGUAUUUACUUAGCAAUCACUCCCGUAAUUGGACAAAUGGUGUUGACAAAAAUAAGGAUUGUGAUCUCAGCUUUAUCAGUUAUAACGUUUAUAAUAUUUUUUGUUUGUGCGAUGAUUUCCUACACUAAGUUCAAAGGCACUAGUUAUCUACACUGGAAAUACGAAGAUGGUGGUUAUGAAUUACAUUUAAUCAGCAGCGUUACAGAAUGGUUAUGUGCUGCAUCCAUAAUGACAUAUGUAAUGUUAUUUAAGAAAGAAUUUGAAAAUACUGUAGUUCAUGAACCACUAAUCGAUACCGGCUUAAUAAAACCAAAUAACCAGUUGAAACGAACUUCCAGUAAUACAACAACUGAGGAGUUGAGUAAAUGAGUAAUAAAC